UAGAUUUGGAAACUCUCUCAGCAAUGGAUCUGAACAACUUCUACAGCGAGAACAUCAGUAUUAACCACAGCACGCUCUUCAACAACAGCAGAAACCUCAUGUUCUUACCGUUCUACCAGCAUUCCCUCGCCGUGGCCUCCGUCAUUAUCCUGGCCUACGUGCUCAUCUUCUCGCUGUGCAUGCUGGGAAACAUCCUGGUGUGCUUCAUCGUGCUGAGAAACAGGCAGAUGAGAACUGUCACCAACAUCUUCAUACUCAACCUGGCCAUCAGCGACCUGCUGGUGGGCAUCUUAUGCCUUCCCAUCACUCUGGUGGACAAUCUGAUCACAGGCUGGCCGUUUGAUGUGCUCAUCUGUAAAAUGAGUGGACUCGUGCAGGGAGCUUCAGUCUCGGCGUCUGUCUUCACGCUGGUGGCCAUCGCAGUGGAAAGGUCCUUCCAAACCCUCAUGACUCUCUCAAAAAACACUCAGCUCACAUAUGAACUAAUUAAGCUUCUGGUUGCUGACAGACGUGUUCACAAUGUGCUGGUCUUGUUUGGAAAAGAACAACAGACAGCAAGUCCGGUCUCGCUCAUCUUCAUCAUGUACUCGCGCAUCGCGGUCAGGCUGGUCAAGCCGCCCGUCUUCCGCCGCAAGCUGCGCGUGGUAAACAUGCUCCUGAUGGUGGCGCUGCUCUUCGCCGUGUCCUGGCUUCCGCUCUGGAUCCUCAUGAUGCUGACGGAUUACGGAAAUCUUUCGGCCGCUCAGCUGGAUCUGGUGGCCGUCUAUGUCUUCCCGUUCGCUCACUGGCUGGCCUUCUUCAACAGCAGCGUCAAUCCUAUUGUUUAUGGCUACUUCAACGAGAACUUCCGGCGCGGAUUCCAGGCGGCAUUUAAGCUGGGUUUGUGUGUGGUGGACAAGCCGCCGCAGCCCAGACGCAACGCAGCGUGGAAACACAACCGCGUGUUUGCGGACCGAGACGAGACGAACGCAAAGAGCGAAAAUGCAUACUUGGCCAUAUGUCACAUGUAUGUAAAACUAUUUGCUCUGUAG